AAAUACUGGAAAGUCUAGAGGAGUGGUAGUAUACCCAGCUGCAGUUUGGAAAACACUCAACACUAAUUCACAUGAGCUGGCAGAACAAGGUACAGUAGGUUUUGGCUGAGUUGCGGUUGAUAUUUUUGUUCCAGCUAUUUUGGCUAAACCUUGACAGGUUCUUGCUGUACACAUCACCAUGUCCUCCAAACGGCACACACCCUGGAGUGAGGCAGAUAACGAACCUAUAUGGUCACAAGUUUUGCAGCUAACUCAUGAUUACAAGGCAGUGAACCUGGGCCAAGGAUUUCCAGACUUUCCCCUUCCCAGCUUUGUUCAGGAGGCGCUAUUCAAUGCUGCCAAUGGAGGCUUACAUAUGCACCAGUACACACGUGGUCUUGGCCAUCUACCUCUUGUCAAAAUCCUUGCCAAGUUCUUUGGGAGGAUUUUGGGCCGGGACAUUGAUCCUCUGGAGGAAAUCCUGGUUACCAUGGGAGCCUAUCAGGCUGUUUUUUGUGCAGUUCAAGCUCUGGUUUAUGAGGGCGAUGAAGUGAUUAUUUUGGACCCUUGUUAUCAUUGCUAUGAGCCCAUGACAGUAAUGGCAGGAGGAAAACCCGUCCAUGUGCCACUCAGACCUCGAAAGGUCACCGGUCCAACUGUGUCUAGUGCUGAUUGGGUGUUUUGCUCUGAAGAGCUGACCAGUAAAUUUAACUCUCAAACAAAAGCUAUUAUCAUUAACAAUCCUAGUAAUCCAUUGGGCAAGGUCUUUCAGAGGGAAGAGUUGCAGAUGAUAGCUGACCUGUGUAUAAAACAUGAUGUUAUUUGUAUCAGUGAUGAGGUGUAUGAAUGGCUUACGUAUGAUGGGGUGCAACAUAUUAAAAUGGCGACUUUUCCGGGCAUGUGGGAGCGCACUGUUACCAUUGGGACUGCAGGCAAGUGCUUCGGCGUCACUGGAUGGAAGGUGGGCUGGGCAAUAGGGCCAAGACACAUCUUGGACCACAUGCAAAAAAUCCACCAGAACUCUAUACACCAUUGUCCUACUCCGACUCAGGAGGCUGUUGCUGUGUGUUUUCAGAGGGAAUAUGACACAUUUGGUACAGAAGAAAGCCACUUCAGACAGCAACUCGCUCUGCUCCAGGCUAAACGGCUCAUGCUAACUGAGUGCCUGAGGAGCUUUGGGCUGCAACCUUAUGUCCCUGACGGCGGCUUCUUCAUAGUCACAGACAUCUCUACCCUGAAAGUUGAUCUGAAUGACCCAAGUACUAAGGAUGACCCUUAUGACUGCAGAUUUGUUAAAUGGCUUAUCAAAGAGAAGGGUUUGAGCACUAUCCCUCUAACUGGAUUGUGCAGCCCAGAAUACAGGGAUAUUUUCCAGAACUACAUUAGAAUCACCUUUGUGAAGGACGACUCAACCCUGAGAGCAGUUGAAGAUAUUCUGAGAAAGUGGAAAGAUGAAAGAAUACAGAAUACAGAUUCUGUCUGAGAUUUUCAAAGUAUAUCUAUGCCAAACUGCAAUAUGAUUGUUAAGCAAGCAAGUAGAAGAAUCUUGCUUUAUUGUUAAAAAGAGAGAGAGAGAGAGAGAGAGAGUUGUUUGAAAUCAGGCUAAACUCCUGCUAAUAAACCAGAGCUGGUUAUAAGUGGUCUAGUUGCAUAUGUUUCAUACUGGUCAUCUUUUUGUUUUACCCCUCCGUACCACCUACUUUAGGACAUCCCUGAAAGGAGGUCAGAGAUGACUGCCCUGCUCAAUACCCUGGUAGCAAGAACACAGACUUCCUGGCAUGGUACACCACUGCCUAUGUCUUACCCCCAAAAUGGCUA